CAACUUCGUAGAAGGAGACAGAUGCUAUUCUAAAGUCCCAUCUUCCUUCCUUAUCCAAUAACGCAUGCGCGUUAGUAAAACAUAUGUUCUCAGGGUUCUCAGAUGUUUGAUGUUUCAGUAUUUCAGAAUAAUUAUGUUCUAAGUAAGAUUCCAAUAAUUUUGUUACUCUAUUUAUUUCUUUAUUUGUAUUUCGUUCGCAUAUUUAAUACCAUUUCGAAAUGGUGAGAAAGUGCAUCUAUUGUCGGAAAAGAGUGAUCACGAAUAGUGGCAGAACUUUUCACCAGUUUCCAAAAAAUGAAAAAGUUCGACAAAAAUGGUUGGACGCCCUGAAUUUGCCGAAAGAACCGAAUUUUAAAACUGCCACAGUCUGCAGUGAUCAUUUUCAAGAGGAGGAUUUUUUCUUUCCAAAUAAUAUGACGCUAAGAAGAAAGUUACGAUCCCACGCAGUACCAAAUGUUUUGUUUUGCAAUAGAGGAGAGUCAGACGGUAUUUCUUUCGAAGAAAUUAAAAUAACCAGUGAUGGUCGCAUUCUAUCGGACGACGAAGAAGAAGAAGACACUAAAGAUUUUAUAAAAACGGAAAAUAUUUUUUGUUUCGAUGGAAUUCAAUUGGAGAAUGGAGAUUUUCAAUCCAUAAAAGAGGAGCCGCAGGAGGAGGAGGAGGAUACGAAUCUUUUGGUCGAUAAUAAUAUAGUGGACAGUAUAUCAAGUGACGAGAAGAAUUCUACAGAAAGAACAUCUCGUUAUAAGCGUAUAACUGAUCGUAGCAGUGUAAAUUUGUUGGAAGUCGUUCAUGCUGUAAAAGCUGUUAUGUUAGAGAAGUCGAAAGUAAGAACUGCGGCACGUCGUUAUAAUAUUCCUCGAAACACUUUAAGGCGAUAUUUGGCUAAAAUAUCUUUGAAAUUCGAUGAUAUUUCCAACAUUAGCGACCAAGAACUACAGGGAAUAAUAAAAGUGUUGUGUACAUAUUCUGCAUGUGCAGUACGUCAAGUGUUUUCUGCUGAAGAAGAGGAGCGAUUGAUCGAAUAUGCAAAAGAAUGUUAUAACCAUUACUGUGGCCUGAGCAGAGUCCAGGUGAGAGAACUGGCGUACGAAUUUGCCAAAAAGAGACAUAUAAAGUACCCUUCACAAUGGGAUGAUAACAAAAUGUGUGGACUCGAUUGGUACUACGGGUUUAUGCGUCGACACCGUCAAUUUAAGCUGCAAAUAUCUCAGCAGGGAAGCUCAGGAUUGUCACCGGAAAUAUAAGGCAACAAUCACCGUUCAGGAAUGAUGGAAAAA